AUGGUACCUAGACCGUCGAACAAAUAUCCGAUCGGUUCAAAACCACUCGGCUUGGUAAAUCUUGGCAAUACAUGUUUCAUGAAUAGUGCACUUCAAUGUCUCAUACAUGUAGCACCAUUGACUAAUUUCUUUUUGGAUGGUUUUGCUCGAGUUCAUACAUCUGAUGACCAUCAUGAUAGUUACAAUCCAUUUGAUACGUGUGGCGAAAUGACUGGAGCUUAUGCUGACCUAAUAUGGAAUAUGCAACGAUCCGAUCGUAUAGACUCAGAUUAUAUUCAUUCAUUUAAACCGAUACGAAUGAAGGAAACAAUUGGUUAUUUUGUUCCAAGUUUUGCCACAUCAGAUCAACAGGAUGCUCAAGAAUUCAUCACGUUUCUUCUCGAUGUCAUACACGACGAAUUAAAAGAGAAAAAUAAACCUGAUCAAAAUACAAUUAUCCAACAGCUUUUUUUCGGAACGCUAAUAUCAAAAGUUACGUGUCUUAAAUGCAACCAUGUAAAAAGUACAACAAAUCGCAUUGUCUUUCUUCCAAUAUCACUCAAUCAUCAACAACGAUUAUUUGUAGUAAACUUUCUCACGAAAGAUGGCAUUCAAGAUCGUACUUCAGUGAAUGUGGCUGCUAAUGGACGAGUCGAAAAUCUUGUUCAACAAUUUCUUGAGCUUAAUGAUCUUUCUCAUCUCUUUAAUCAAAUCAUUGUCAUAGAAACGAAGUCAGAAGAACAACUUCAGUUCGAAACUCCCCUCAGACGAUUAUUCGAAGAUGAAGUAACACUUAUCGAACAAGAUCAUUACAUAAGUCGCUUCCAAUCUAAUCGAUUCGACGAAGAACUUGACAAUUUGAGACUUGAAGAAUGUCUUCAAGGAUUUGUUUCACUCGAGAAACUUGAAGAUAUAUGGGUUUGUCAACAAAAUACAUGCCAGCAAGCCACGCUCGCUAGCAAACAACUUCAAUUUAAAAGUCUCCCACAUGUAGUCAUCAUUCAACUUAAACGAUUUUCAUAUACAAACAGUUUUCGUCGAAAAUUGGACACAUUUGUUGACUAUCCUAUUGAUGGACUUGAUUUGAGUGAGCUUCUAUUAUCGUCAUCAUCGUCGAAAAAAGAAAACGCUAUUUAUGAUCUCAUUGCUGUUAGUAACCAUAUUGGGUCUAUCCAUGGUGGUCAUUAUACUGCAUAUGCACGACAAGAUCCAAGUAUGGAUGAAUGGUACGAAUUCGAUGACUCAUAUGUAUCAACAAUUUAUUCAAAACAGAAAAUUGUAUCAAAAUAUGCCUAUCUUCUUUUCUAUAUCAAACGAACGAAAUAA